AUGGCUCGCGAGAUACUGACUCGAGAGCAGCAAGCGGGAUUCCGGCCUGGUAGGGGUUGUGUUGACCAAAUCUUCACACUGCGUCAGGUGCUAGAACAACGCCAUACGUAUAAGCGACCCACGAUUCUAGUAUUCCUGGAUUUCCGAGGCGCAUUCGACUCGUUUGAUCGAUCUGUUCUUCUUGAGACGCUUGCCCGCCAAGGAAUGUCACAGAAGUUUAUAUUUCCAGAGUAUACAUAUAGUGUUUGGCUUAUGUUCUACCGAGCUGCACAACCUUGCAGCCAUUUCGAAGAUGUUGUUGGUGUCCGGGAGGAUAACACUUCGGUCUACGUGUUGCGUAGACACAGUGGUUCGAUUGCGCAUCACAAGAGAAAUAGGUCUCCAACCGAAGCCAUUCCGUUCAACAACCGCGUCUACAUAGGGCUCUCAUUCAAAGAUUACGCGGCUGCUGUUCAUACGGAGCGCAUGGCCCCCAGUCUGUGUUUGAGUUUCAGUUCCAGCCUCGCUAUUGGGCUCCGUUUCAAUGACAAAUCGCCAUGCUCUCUACCACCAGCUUUUGUGUGUACUUAUUUGUGCACUCAUGUCGAGCAUGGUAGCAAGACAAGGCUCCUGUCGGACAAAAUACGAGAGCACAAUAUGAUAUUUCUGGGUGGUGGUCGGGAGAAGCCGAGCUCGGAUGCUGUUGCGUCACAUUUGACCGAAACCAGUCCUGUCAUCCAUGGUAUUCUUGAACCGAUCACAGCUGGUACGAUCCAGGCGAUCACAGAUCGCAGAGGCGUCCAAAUGAAACUUACACGACCUCUGAACUUGAACCGACCUGCGAAAACUCAAGUCUCACAAACCCGCCUGAAAUUGAUGCUGUUCACUUGA